UUCCAAUAUAUCUAUUAGUUUACUAAAGUCUUACUAUGUGAUGGCAUCCAAUCACUUGAUUAUCAACUUCCACAAACAUAACAUAUUCUCUAGACCGUAAAAGUAUAAAGUACUUCAAAAAACCCAGCUUAUAUCUGAGGUCACUCUUAGUGAUUGGCCAUUGAAAAUUAUCAAGAAUUUCGUGUGAAGUGGUGGCUUGAUUGCUAAGGGGUUUGAUUGUUACUCGUCAAGUCGCAGGUUCGAGCCUCGUAUCUAAUUCGCCUUACGUAAUCGGUUAAUAUCGUUAGCCCCCACACUUUGUGUGUUUCGUACCGAAGUAUCCGGUGAAUUAGUCAACCUAAUUUCUGAUUUCUCACUUCUGGACAGUUUCAUGACUUAUGAUAAUGGACCGAUCAAUGAUAUUAGUCUUCAUGUAGGGAAAGCUAAAGCAAUUCACAUCAAUCUUGAUCAUAUUUGAUACUAUUUUGAUCAAGUCUAUUCAUCCUUGUAAAAUCUGGCCUCCAAAGUCAUAAGUUUUACUAUUAAGGUUUAAUUUGAUGGUUUUAAAUAAAUUAAGCACUGAUUAAUUUGUUUUUGAUAAUGAAAUAAUAAUAUAUUUGUAGUAUCCCAAUAGACAGAAAAUCCAAAACAUAUUCGGGUAAACUAAAUUAACUUAAUUGGUCUCCCAACUCAGUAGUACAUGGGUCCACGUAUCCGGCUGUUAGUUACAUUUAAUUCAGAUGUGAACAUAACACUCAGACUUCUCAAAAGAAUUUUAAAAAACAAUGACCUAUACAUCCACUUGAAUUAUAGUAUAUUUGUAAUAUCUAAUUUGGAUUACUGACCUGUGGUAGUGUAAUUUGUUUCUUCAUGGAAUAAAAAACCAAAUUAAAUUAGAACAAGUUUAAAUAGUACGAAUUAAAAAAUCAAAAUAUUUUAUGUGUCGUAAACAAGUCUAAUCGUGAUAAUGUUACUGUCAUUCAGGUCAGAGGGGAUUCUAUGUGAGACGUGUGUGUAUUCGUGUAUAUCUGAGUGGGUGUGAAAAAAUGUGAUCUUUGUAAUGUGAAGGUUUAGCGUUACUUUGUAUGUAUGCUAAUAGCAUAAGGUUUGAACAGGUUAAGUGAUGCCAUUUGAAAUAAUGGUCCCAGUUCAAUGAAUAGUUAGUUCACGAGUGUGUGGAUCUAUGCGCAACUGAGUUAAAAAAAUCAGUUAACGUAAUUUAGUUUACCAAAAUACAUAUACUGAGGGUUUCAUCAGCUAAACUAGUUAGUAUUUAAUUGUAGUAGAUCAUGUGUAAAUGUAAGUCAUUCUAGAUACAAUUUUAGUCUAGUUUGGUCUUCAUAUCUUUUAAUAUUUAGGCUUCUAUGAUAUAUUAUGUUAUCGUAUCUUAAAAGAAUAGGUAGUCUAAAUACAAGACUCAUAAAUUUCACCGUGAUCUUCUAACAGCUUUCAUUAUCCUGUAAAAACUGAUCUCUUUAUUUUCAUAAUUUGUCAGCUCAAUGCAUGGCCCCGUUAAAAUUUGAAUAAGUUCCUCAAGAUGAAUGUGAUUCGUAGUUUACAUUUAAUCACGGGCACAUGUUUUAUGAUUGGUAUUGUGAAUAUAUUUUAAAACUUCCAUUAUAACAUCCUUAUCAUUCAGUGGCUGAUUUUUUGGAAAAAUCCCUUGCACUUUGCUAGUUCCAUAUGUAUUACUUCAUUAUAUUAUAUUAUUACAGCUUGUGAUGGUACUACUUCUGAUUCGAAUGAAAAAUAUGAUAAUAUUCCAUUUUUAUCUUACGAAGAGUAUACUGGUAUUAGACAAUCAUUAAAUCUUCCAUGCUCUUAUAUUUCAAGUUUGUUCCAAUGGUUCACAUUUUCAUUUCGGUUCGUGGGGAAUUUAGUAUAUUUAUCUGUAUUGGAUUGUAGGUAAGCAUUCGGUAUAAAAAUAAUAAUUAACUAUUUUAUCUGUGCUGCCUCGUUUUUCUUUUCUAUUACUUUGUGUGCAGAACAGCAUAACGUAUUGAUUACUGUGAACAUUUAAUUCACUCCCAACCUGCCAAAGCUCCCAUGAUAAUUAUGCUUCAACAAGGUCAUCAAUCCUAAUCGAAGCCUUUUACGUGCUGGUCUUGUAAACACAUGGUUUCCUGAUAUGAAUUGUAUUAACACAAAAUCCAUGUUGAAUGAGAUACCAUCGACAAAAGUAUCACUUAGUCAACCAACACAUGCAUUGCAUGAUUUAUGGUUAUUUAUAUCAACAACCAGUGAUAAAAAUGAAGUUGCAGUAUCUAAUGCAAGGACCUAUUGCCUUAUAUGUUACUCUUCAAAUAAUAACAAUAAUAAUUCUAACAAUUUCGAUGAUAUAAUUUAUCUUAGUCGGUUAAUACGUUCUACGCGUCAUUCAAAUAUUGUUCGUUCAGCUCAGCCGCAUGAUUGUUACUUCUCUAAUGCUUUUUAUGCCUUAAAUACAAUAACUCUCAGUAAUAAUAAUACUACUAAUAAUAAUAUUAGUAAUAGUGAAAUUGAUAAAAUUGUUCAAUCUAUGAAUGAUGUGGGAAAACCAGAUGAUCAUUUGUCACAAAGUAAAACAUCACUUACGCACAUCAGUCAAAAAUUUAUUAAAGAAUGUUAUAAACUCUAUGAAUUGCUAUUUGACAAGUUGCCUUCACCUUCGAAUAACGAUGAAAAGACAAUAAAUAAUGUAGUAUUACGGUAUUUUUCAAAUUCUUUAGAAUAUUUGAAGUUGUCCAAAGCUAAAACCAUCAUGUGGAUGGAGGCACCUAUUGAGCUAUAUCUUUUGCGUAAACUUAAAACUGCUUGCAAUAUUAUGGCGAAUAAAUCUACUUUGGCUUCAACAAAUAAUAAAGUCAAUGAUUUUAAUAAAAUACCUGACAAUAUUUUACGCCGAUUAGCCCUUGUUGGUUUAGGUCGAACUCGUUUAACCCGUUUAGCUGGUCUAGGCGGUUGGAAACAAUUUGCUGGAUUUUUAUCUUAUCAUCCGUCGUCGUCAUCAUCGAUUUCAGGAAAUUCCAAGAUUACUAGUCACACAAAUGAAGAAGCGGAUAUGGUCAGAAAUGCUUUCGUCACUGAUGAUCUAGAAACUAUUCGUAUACUUUAUAUUUAUUUUCGUGAUGUUUACAAACAUCUUGAUCGUCAUGAAAGAUGUUGUUUAGAAAAUAACAGUAAUCAUCAUAAUAAACUAAUGAAGUCAUUCCCAUCGACCAAGUUAUCUGGUAAACAGCAUCAUCCAUUUUUAUUGUCCUACUUAGAUUAUCAUUGUGAUAAUGAUAAUGCCGAAUUUAGUGAUGUUACUAAUAAACAUGAUAAAAAAUAUAAAUUAAGUGAUAAAAUUCAGGCAUGGAUAUCUUCUGGUAAUCAAUUAUUUGAUCCACUUGGGCAUCGUCAAUUAUGCCCACUCAAUAUAAAUCAAUCAAUAAACCUAAUGAAAAGUGUACAAGCAAAAUAUGAAAAAUCUCGAAUCAAAUUUAAAUUACCGCCUUAUCCUAGUAUGCCGGCAGAACCAAUCAAUUUGAAUCGUUACCGUGAUCCAUCACUUCUGUUGUUGGAGGAAAUGGACUCUUCGUCAUCGUCACUCUCCACAUCUUCAUCAGAUCCAGAAAAUUCUGAUACAGAUAAUGACUCACUUGGACUUGAAGAUGUUGAUUGAAACGUUAAGAUUAUUUUGUUGUUUUUUUCAUAUGAUUUAUUGUAAAUAUGUUAUUUUCGAUAGUUUCAAGGAAUCAAUUAAAUUUUAACUUUAUUACUUCAUUGAUCUAUCUUCUUUUUAUUAAUUCUCUGUUAAGAGUAUUUAACUGUCUGAUCAAUUUUCGUUCUGAAGACACAACUUUGUGGCUGCUCAUUUUGAAAGCUAUUUCAGGUGUUAUCUUUCAGCCGAUGUUAUCUGUUGGUGGGAGUACGAGUUGUGAUUUCAUCUCAGCACUCCCCAUUCCGCUGUCCUAGUGUCUUGAAUACCUCCUGCAAACAAGCCCUCUCUUCUUCCAUUGACUCAUAUCUACUCGUUCAAUUAGUCGAUUGAAGGCUAAAUAUUGGAAAUCUUACCCUUCAAGCAUAUGCACUCUAUAACACACCUUCAUGUAAGUCUAAAACAAUGGUGGGCUAGUGACUUUUUGAGCGCUAUAAACAUCAUUGUCA